AUGCACCUCCACACCUGCAGCUCGCCUGUGGACUGUGGUGGAGAGUUGGAUGAUGCCCUAGAGGGCAUGCAGUUUCAUAGUGAAGAGGAAAAAGAGAGAACUGAGAAGCUUUUGACCUUCCAAAACCGUCAUGGUGGUAGAGUUGUCCUGCAGGAUGUCAAGAAACCAGAGCAAGAUGGAUGGAAGGAUGGAGCUGCUGCCAUGCAGGUUGCCCUUCACCUGGAGAAGAGCGUGAACCAGGCUCUACUGGAUUUGCACCAAGUGGCUUUGCGCCAAUCUGAUCCCCAUAUGUGUGACUUCCUGGAGACUCACUACCUUGAUGAAGAGGUGAAGCUGAUCAAGAAACUGGGAGACCAUGUGACCAACCUGUUGCGUGUGUGUGCAGAUGAAGGCCUCGGCAAGUACCUCUUUGACUGUCUGACCCUGGGCAAGUCCAGUGACUGA